CGCACACCGUCACCGGAUAAUGCUGCGUUCAGGGACAAGUGGUUGCACACUGAUGUUGCACACACGUUACUGGGAAGUGUUUGGACGAUGUGAAACGGGUAAAAAAUGACCACUUUGCCAAAUCCUAAAAUAUGGGAAAUAUCAGAUUCUGAUAACGAAGGCGACGAAGGGGCUCGAGGCGAUUUAAAAGUUAGCAGUUGUGUAAAGUUCGCUUUAGCUCCGCCGCGAUCUGACGGCUGUGAGCGGCCGAGUCCGUCCAAAAAACGGCGCUCCCGGGAGGAGCUGGAGGCGGACAAGGAGAAAGCAAGGGAAAGGAAGGAGGCUAGAGAGAAGAAGCGAGCUGCUAAAGUGCUAGAAAGGGAGGAGAAGAGGAAGGAACUGCAGAAGAGGAAAGAAGCUGCAGAAUAUGUCAACAGUUUGAAGCCAGAAAAUUUCCUUAAGCGUUUGACCAUCUGCAUAGAUCCAGUUGUUCUGCAGCAAGAAGGCUCUGACAUUCUGCUAGCCACCUUGUCGUCAAAUGAGUGGAAAUACAGAAUUGAACAACAGCAACUUCCUAACAGCAUCACCUGGACCAGGGAUUUACAUCAGGGUGAGGAUGGCGGUGGAACGGUGGAGGAGGACCAGGUGGUGCAGGUGUUUGGUGCAACAGAGUUCUUGGACAUGCUUGUCUCUGUGAAAAGAAUGAUUGACAGUAAAGGGGAGAAUUCCACUCCAUGUCAGGAUGCUGCCAAGGUGGUUUCUCUCUUAGUAACAGACGCUCGGUCCAGUUCCAACAGGAGGCGUGGUUAUGAAACAGUACAGUCCAAAUAUGGCGGGGAGAAUGUGGAUGUCGAAGAGGUUCUGGUGUACCUGCAGUUGUACAAGAACGUGUCCGUGGUCUUCCUGGACGGCUGGCAGGAGGUCACCGAUCACAUCUGUGCCGUCACCAAGUCCUUGUCCAAGCGGCCGUCAAAGUUGCUCUCGGAGAAAGUGGAGCUGCCGUUCUGUGUGGACGGCUCCUGGGCCAGCGGGGCCCGCGUAGAGAAGGACGGCUCCGGGUUGAAACACGUGUGGCGCAAACAGAUCCAACAGCUGAACAGAGUGAGUCCGGCUGUGGCGUCUUGUGUGAGCGCCGCCUACCCGUCGCCUCAACUGCUUCUGCAGGCGUACAAAGCCUCCAGCUCGGAGGAGGACAAAAAGAAGCUGCUGGCCGAUCUGGUAAUAAAGGGCGAGGGAAAAGACCGGCGGAUCGGACCGGAGAUAUCUGCCAGACUUUAUCGCUGCUUCACUACUCAGAACCCUGAGCUGGUCCUGGACUAAUUGGAAACUCUGCUCUCUUACGGCUGCUGAACGUCAAAGUGGAUUAUUUGGCGCUAAUCUAAAUGUACACCCAGAUCAUGUGACCAGGAAGUCUAACAAUCAUGAAUGAAUACAUGUGUAGCAGA